CUCAUAGGUGAUAAAAUCUUUAACCAAACAAAGAACCCUAGACGAGAUCAAUGGCCUCGUCUGGAAUGCCGCUUCACUCAAAUGGUCCCGCGACCUUCGCGACAAGUGGAGGUACUGGUGGCAAGAGGAAGAGAUUCAGCAGAGUUAUAAGCAGUUCAUACGCAGGAAGCAAUCCGGCGAGGCCAUCUUCCGGGAACUCGCGAAUUGUGACGAUGCUUGAUCCCUUGGAAGCCAAGCGACUGGCAGCAGCAGAAAUGGAGCGGAUUAAAUUCCGCGCCAAGCUCAAGCGACGACGCGAGAUCGAAGCGAUAAAUGGUGGCUGGGCGAUGCUUGGCCUCACGUCUGGGAUCAUUAUCGAAUCUCACACAGGGAAAAGCAUCCCUGACCAGGUUAUCGGGUACGUCAACCUGGCCAAUGCAAUGAUAUCGCAGUUCACGUCCCACUUCUAGAACAUUUUUUCAGAAAAAUGCUAUACCUUUAUUAAAGGUAUUUUUUAAGAAAAAAGAAAACCGGAUGAACCCGGCGUGACUCGAA